ACUGUUCCACACCUGCAUUUCUGUGACUUCAGGAAUGUUCAAACUGGCAUCAACGAGUAAAGGUGUUGGUUCAGUGUAAUUAUCAUCUUGACACAGCUCACUAAAAACCUUGUUAAGUCCUGCAAGCGAUGUUUUGUUUAAUACAAUUCUAGGAGAUGAACUAGAUCGCUGAGACUUAUUAACAUUUUCCCACCAAUUUCCACUUCCCAUUAGGUCUUUAAAGUUUCUUCUAUUCUGACAGAUAACUUCCGAGAUUUUUUCAUUAAUUACCUUAAGUUUCUCAGUACUAUGAGAAGGAAUUCUUCAUUUUGUCUUUAACGUUAACAUUGACUUUACCAAUGGCAUCAUCCAAUGUGAUCAUGUGUGGACAAAGAUACAGUUUUUGUUGGCAUACAGGUGUUAAGAAUAUCCAAUACUUUAUUACUAAGAUGAUUACUGCUUCAUCAACACUAUUUGCUUUCAAGACUUCUUCCCAAUUUUCUUUUGCCAAUGCCUUAUAAAGAGCAUCUUUGCAAUGCUUUCUACAAUCACGAAAGCAUCUUUGUGAUGCUUUCUACAAUCACGUUUUCUUCUCAUUGGUUUAAGUUUAAUGCCAGCUUUUAAAAUCACUCUGGUAUGGUCUUAAUUAACAUGUUAAAAGGAAUGCACCUUGAAAAUAAAUCGCUCCUGUUCGUCAAACACUGAUCUAGACAAGCAUCAUCCCUAGUUGGAAAAUCAACCAUUGCAUCCCAGCCCAAUAAUUGCUCCAGAUUAUGAAUGUUCAAAUGAUUUAAGUCACCUCCGCAGACAAUAACAGCAUCAGGCACUUUAUCUAAUGUGUAAUCGGUACUGUUUAAUAAAUAGUCCAUAAAAUCGCUCUCAAAGUAAUUAUGCCUAGGCUGAUGGUAAAGACGGUACACUAUUAUAGUAUUGCCUGUAAGUAGUAGAAGUGUAAUACAAAUAAGUUCAUAUAAAUCUGAUCGAUGGAUGUCAAUAAUGUUUAGGUUAUGUCUUACAUAUAUAGCGACUCUGCCUUUAGACCUCAUAUCCUUUCCUCCCCAAAUUCCUGUCUCUUCAAAAUAUAGUAUAAUUAGGUAUGUUCACAACACUAUCAGGCAUAUCAGGCUUAGAUGUGUUUCUGUGACAACAAAGAUAUCAAUAUCAUUUUGAAACAAAUCUGACUCAAUUGCCACUACAGCCUGUAGACUGUUUUAGUUUUCACCAAACUGCAUAUGGUAAUGAACUUUGGAACAGCAAAAAUCAAGUUCUAUUCAAUAUUGUUCCUUGCACCUGGUUUCACGAACUGAUUUGUAUCAAAUUUUGUGAAGGAUUCCUUGAUUUAGCAAUAAUGUUUGACCAAUUGGUUACACAUACAGGUAUUUUAUUAAAAAUUUCAGCCAGGAUUUGGUUAACUUUGGCGAUCGUUUUAUCUAUCUGUUCCAUGGUUUAAUGAUACUUCCCACAUUUGUCCUGAUAGGGUAUGGGAAAGCCCCUAAAAAACUGUGGAUUGAGCUAUGGAACAGGGAUUGAGCUGCCUUUGAUGAUUUUUCAUUGACAUAUCGUUCUUCCGAACAUAUUCUUUCAUUUGAUCUUCAAAACAAGGGGCUGACAUCACACAAGUGGAUAUUGACCUACUAGAGUUCUUUUAUAUUUUUGUCUAUGUUGCUGUAUUUGAUUGUUAGAAACAGGCAGCAUAUUUCUUGUGUUGUAUGCCGUGGUGGAUUUAUCUGAGCUUGACUUUGUAGAGUGUUGAUUUUGUUUGGCUGCGUGAUUGAUUACUAUUGUUGGCGACAAUAAUGUUCUCUCUACUUGAGAAUUUGCAUAGAUGUGGCACGUUUUCAAACACGCUUGCAUCUGAUAUUAUUUCAGGGCUAGCACAAGUGCUUUGAAUCGAUAUUAUUUCUGGGUUAGAACAAACAGAAUAUUCCACAUUUGCAGGCUUACAUUUAAUCAAAUCAAUUGUUAAGGCCUCGAAAGAAUCAGAGAGUACAUUGUUUUCAUCCCUUAACCGCGAUAGAACUGAACAUUGUUUCCAUCCGACACUAGCUUAUUAGCCAGGCUGCUCACUGUGAGAUUAAUUCAUUCAAAUUCGCUUUGCAUUUUGUGAACGUCAGCUGUGACUUGAUCAAUUGCUCUUGAAUUGUCGUUGAUCGCUUUUCCUUGUUUAGAUUCAACAAUCAUCAUAUCUAACUUGAUUCCCUCCAUAUCAGUUGAUAAUUCUUUGCAAUUGCAACCCAAUUAUCUAUUUGUUAUGCAACUAUCAUUAGAGUCAUUACCAUGCAUGGCAGUCUCUUCAGCAGAAUUUUCACAGUACAAAUUUGAAAGCAGCUUCUGUUUUAUAGAUAUUUCACUAGCUCCACCAAUUUGUAUAAGUUUUAUCUUACUCCACCAAGAUAUUGUUGGGAUUUUAUUGCAAUAAAACACUUUCUUUUCACCUCCACUUUCUGUAUUCUCAGGUUCUUUGCUCCCGAUGUCUCCAACAAAUUAAGAUAAAUAAAUAGCAGAUAGGAAUCUGUGAUGCGGAGACGUGAUCUGAAUUGAUCAAUUUAUUAUUAAGACUGAACAACAGAAGAUUAAUUUAUAUGAAUUAUGCACAAAAUACCUUUAUUGCAAUUACUCCGGUGGCCACUACCGCCAACAUGUUCAGUAGUUUGGGCACUUUUGCUUCUAUUUGCCAUAUUUUCUAUAAGAAAAUAAUAUUAACCAUCUAUUAAUUUUAUUUCAUCAUACACAAGCAUGUAGGAGCACUUUAUCAGAUAUAAAACACGAGAGAGCAUGCUCAAGUGUUUCAUAUAUACUAAAGCUGCGAGCAUUUUAAAUUCCUUAUAAAACGACCCAUGCAUCUAAAGAGUUCAUUUAUAAUUUGGAUAUUUCUAUAUAUACAGUAUAGUAAUGAAUCGUAAAAAGGAAAGGACAUCAUUCAAGUAUAAUUUUAUUUAUUUACUGUUGCCUAUUGCAUCAGUAAGGACUUUAGAGUAAGCCCUGUGUUGAAUGUGCGUUCCUGAAUGCUGCCUGUCUGUGUCCAAUAACAUUUAAUGUUUCAUAAUUGCACAUGGCUUCUCCAGCAAUAUCCAAAUUCAGUUCCUCAAUAGCUCUUGCCACAGAUAUACCAAAUACGUGUCCACAUUCGCAACUUCUCGCUGAAAAUGUGGGAUUGAUGAAAUAUUUUCCCCAUAUACAAAUGUAAAAGUACAGAUAAGAGAAUUGAAUGGAAAUUUGAAUUAGGGGGUGGGGUUACCGAUUCUGCUAUGACUACACUGCAAAAUUCUGCUGCAACCUCUAAUGAUAACCUAGGCUGGGCAACCUGGAAACACUUGUGCUUAAUAAGUUUGAAAUAUAUCACUGUGUCAUACCUUUUGGGGAUUUUCAAUAGCUUUAUUUAUUACGAUUUUUAUUGUUGCAUUAAUCUGUUGAGCAUUAAUUAAAAUGCUACUGUUGUCUCCGUCUGUCUGCUCUUUUGUUUCCGCCAACUAAAGAUGUAUAGUGCGGAAGAACCACCUUUUUAUCCAAUCCUUUCAUUUGGGCAGUAUCUCAUCUUUAAUACCAAAUUUCUCUA